UGGAAAAACCUGGAAACCCUAGAGGGCACUUGUAUAUAACGGUGUGAAACCCCGCUUCGCUUUCUCUGCUUCACCGUUUCUCCUCGCUCGCUGAUCGCCACUGCAAGCUUCUGGAUAUGGAGCUUUGUACAGUUCAGGCUAUGUUCAAACUUUCCCAUAACAAUGCCUUUUGCACUGCGAUUCCUCCCGAUUCCCAUCCCCUUCCUAAACCCUUCCUUUCUCUCAGAAAAACCCCAGUGAUUAGAACUGCGGAUAACAUGCUAUCUCGUUCAACUUCCUUACUUUACGUGUCACCGAGGGCAAAAUUAUCGGAUGAAACAUCUGGUGGGCCAAGCCAAUAUUUUAAUGAGAAACCAGACCGUGCAAUAAUUAUGGAGGAUGUUAGAACAACCGAAAAUAAUGCAUUCAGUGGAAAUGUUGCAGAUGAAGAAACAAAAGAAGAAUCACCCGUGCAUGAGUCUGCGCAGCCAUUUGAUUUUGCUGAGAAGCUUGAUAGUAUAAAGUUUGACUUAGAUGAUACGGGUUCUAUUAUCUUGUAUGGUGGUGGUGCUGUAAUUGCCUUGUGGCUAACGUCGGCUGUUGUUGGUGCUAUUGAUUCUAUCCCAUUGAUUCCCAAGUUGCUGGAAGUAGUGGGCCUUGCAUAUACUCUAUGGUUCACUUCCCGUUAUCUUCUCUUCAAGAAAAAUAGGGAUGAGCUGGCCAUGAAAAUAGAGGAGCUCAAGGCACAAGUCCUGGGUUACGAAGACGACUAGUCGUUCUGACAUUAGCUUUCCUCUUCUAGGUGGGUUGUUCGUUGGUACAUUGAAGCCAAGAUUAUUUCGCCGUUCCUCGGUGCGUUUAAUGGCCACCUUGCUGU